AUGGAAAAUAUGUUCAUCAAUGAUUGUCUAGUAAUUAAUCCUACUGUUCCUGAUAAAGUUAUUUGGAAACUGCAAAAAAAUGGUGUUUUCACUGUUAAUAGUGCCUGGAAGGAAAUGAAUUCUAAUCAGGAUAGGGUUUCUUGGCAUUCAAUUGUCUGGUUUCCUGGCCAAAUCCCUAGACACUCUUUUGUUACCUGGCUUGCUCUCUUGGGUAGAUUAAACACAAAAGACAAGCUAAUUAAGUGGGGAGUUAUCAAUAGCAAUGUUUGUUCCUUAUGUAAUCAGGAAGCUGAGGAUAUUGAGCACCUGUUCUUUGAUUGUUGUUUCUCUGCUCAUAUCUGGGGCAAAGUUUUGAGGUGUAAUGAUGAGGCUAGACAGAAGUUUUGCUGGAGAAGAGAGGUUAGCUACUUCUGCAGAAGAUAUAAAGGCAAGUCAGUUAAAGCUAAACUCAGGAAGCUUUGGUUCAAUGCAACAGUUUACCACAUUUGGGGAGCAAGAAACAACGUCAUCUUUAAUCAGGGGGGUAUUGAUGCUGAUAUGAUCUUCUCUAAGAUUGAGUUUGAUGUAAAGAAUAGGGCCUCUUAG